GGGCGCUCUCCGGGCCCCGGGACUGGAGGAACAGGAGGGAUGGGCGCUCCCCGCCCCUCAGAGCGGCGGGACGGGCGGCCCCGGCCCCGCCCCAUCGGCAGCGGCGGCGGCGGGCGGCGGAGGCGGUGUCGGGGCGGCAUGUUUCUUGCUUCACGAAACUUCUGUUGCCGUGGCAUUAGAACAUGCCAGCUAAGAACAGAUUUGCUUUCCAGAUCCRUCAAACAUUCAGCCUCUGCAACAAUGCCCUUCAGACACAAAAAURCAAGACGAAUUGAAGGCCUUGAUAGCAAUGUGUGGGUUGAAUUUACAAAAGUGGCAGCAGAUCCCUCAAUUGUUAAUCUUGGUCAAGGCCUUCCUGAUAUAUCCCCUCCCAGCUAUGUUAAAGAAGAGCUGGCAAAGGUAGCUGCAGUUGACAGACUGAACCAGUACACCCGAGGCUUUGGACAUCCAUCACUGGUGAAAGCCUUAUCUCAAGUGUACGAGAGAACUUGUGGAAGAAAGAUUGAUCCUCUCACAGAUAUCCUGGUGACUGUGGGAGCUUAUGGAUCUCUCUUUAGUACAAUACAGGGACUAAUUGAAGAGGGAGAUGAAGUCAUAAUAAUAGAGCCAUUUUAUGACUGUUAUGAGCCAAUGGUAAAGAUGGCGGGUGCAAAGCCUGUUUUCAUCCCACUAAGAUGUAAAAAUGAUGGAAUCUCUGCAUCUAGUGCUGAUUGGGUCUUGGAUCCUGCUGAACUUGCAAAUAAAUUUAAUUCCAAAACAAAAGCCAUUAUUCUGAAUACCCCACACAACCCAAUAGGCAAGGUGUUCACCCGAGAAGAGCUCCAAGUAAUAGCUGAUCUCUGUAUUAAACAUGACACCCUGUGCAUCAGCGAUGAGGUGUACGAAUGGCUGGUGUAUAAAGGGAAUAAACACAUUAAAAUAGCUACGUUGCCAGGUAUGUGGGAGAGAACAAUAACUAUAGGAAGUGCUGGGAAAACAUACAGUGUAACUGGCUGGAAGCUUGGUUGGUCCAUUGGUCCUGAGCACCUGAUUAAGCAUUUGCAAGUUGUUCAUCAAAAUACACUUUAUACUUGCCCAACUCCAUUACAGGAGGCUUUGGCACAAGCAUUUUGGAUUGACUAUAAACGCAUGGACAAUCCAGACUGCUAUUUUCACUCCCUGUCUCGAGAGCUGGAAAGCAAGCGUGAUCGGAUGGCUCAGCUACUGAAAGGGGCUGGACUAAAGCCUGUCAUUCCAGAUGGAGGAUACUUUAUGAUUGUUGAUGUUUCUACAUUAAAUGUGGAUCUCUCUGGUGUAGAUGAGAAACAACCUUAUGAUUAUAAAUUUGUCAAAUGGAUGAUAGCAUCUAAGAAGCUGUCAGCAAUUCCUCUUUCACCAUUCUGUGGUCCUGAGACAAAGAAACAGUUUGAAAAAUAUAUACGGUUUUGCUUCAUUAAGAAAGACAGCACGCUAGAUGCAGCUGAAGUGAUCCUGAAGAACUGGAAUAAACAGACAGGCUGAUUUUUCAUAUUAACUCUUCCAUAUGGUAUAACUAUCUAAUAGUAGGGUUUUUUUAUUGGAAAUUUAAGAACAAACUACUUAAUACAGUACAGAAUUAAUAAGACRUUGUAAAUAACUUUUUGCUGCCACCUGCUGAGGAGUUAAAACACUGAUUUGUUGAAAUAUGUGUAAUGCAACUCAGAGAUUAUUUUCAGUCUUUUAAAAAUAAUUUGCUUCUCUCCUAAAAAAACCCAAUGAGAUUCACUUCUUUUACUGACAGAUUUAUAGGAACUGUGUAAAAUACAUAAAUUAUAUAGAUAUUUAAAACCUUACAAGAAAAAGGUUGGGAGAUUUUUUUGGUAUAAGAUAGUAUGGGACUUAGAGAAAUACUUACAUACAUUGUGGUGUGUGAAACCAAACAACCUGCAGUAGAGGAAGAUUAAGACGUGGCUCAGAUAAUUUUAGUGAAUUUCUACAUACCUGCCUAGCUUCUCUGUCUGCAGAAAUUGCAUCAGUUUAAACAAAGAGUGCUAAAUUACAUAAUUACUAUUUUAUUUUCCACAACAGUCAUAUGUGGUGUUCUGAAAGUAUUCAGUCCUCAAUAAAAUUAUAAAAGUGGCAUCUAGAAUAGGAAUUCUAUUUAUAGAAUAUCCUAUAUCUAUGUAUUUAUUACAUGGAUGAAUCUACARACCAAAAUAUAGAAGACUUAAUAUUAGAGGCCCUUUACAAUCAGAUGAACAGUAAACAUAAUUAAUUGUCUCAUUCUUUUUCUUACCAUGUUACAACAUUGGUAAUUUCACACCAAACUYACUUGAAGCUCUUUAGAUCUAGGGGGCCAUGGAAAUGGGCCUACUGCUAUGCUGUAGAGCUCAACUAGCUUGGUUUCAUGCACAACAGUUAAGAGGCCUUGUUUCAAAAGAGGUUGAUAUGGAGAGUUCCUUUCUAGCUGCCUCCUUUUCCAGUUCUUUCUGAGAUCUUUUAAGGCUGUGUGCUUUGUGCUCCAUGAUCUUUCUAUGCUCUUCUCACAGGCUGUCAGGGUUUCAGAUGGGWUAGAGUCAAUUUUCUUCUCAGUACCUGGUGCAGUGCUGUGUUUUGGAUUCAGUACGGGAAUAAUGUUGAUGUUUUGCUUGUUGCUAAGUUGCUAAAUCAAGGACAUUUUUGUGUCUCCUGCUCUGCAAGUGAGGAGGUGCAAAAAAAUUUAAAAAGCUAUGAGGGAGCAUAGCUGGGACAAGUGAUCCAAACUGGCCAAAGGGAUAUUCAURCCACAGAAUGCCAUGCCCAGGAUAGAAACUGGGGAAUUAGCGGAAAGGAGAGCUGAUCAGGGUUCAGGGAUGGGGUCUGCCAUCAGUUAGUGGGSGCUAAGCAACUGUAUUGUGCAUCACUUGUUUUUUUUUUAAUCCUUUUUAUUAUCAUUAUCAUUAUUUACUAUUAUUAUUCUUUUUCACUUUGUUUCGACUAUUAAACUGUUUUUAUCUCAACCUACAGGUUUUACUUUUGAUUCUUCUCCCCAUUCCAUCAGUCUGGGGUGGUGGGGGAGUGAGCAGCUGGGUGGUGCUUAGUUGCCAGCUGGGCUUACACCAUGAGACAGCUCUUARGGGGCAAAGCCUGAACAAAUUCAGUAACCAAUGUUUUGCUCAUUCUGUGAUUGCACAGCUGGACUCCUAACUGUAUUCCAUUAGACUAUGACCAUGGCCAGGACCUUUAAAAAGAUACAGAAACUGGACUGGGAGAAGAGCUACUUAAUACUUCUUGGUCUUGGGCUUUUGGGAGUCCUGUAGCUAGGACUUCCAUGGUCUUUACAGUUGUCUUGUGCUGUCAUUCUGCAAAUCUCACUAGAAGAUGGUUGGCGGGUAUUUUUAAAAUGGUGUGUAGUCUUUGUGUUGAAAAAUCAAUUUAACAAUUCAAAUUACUUAGCUGAAAUUUCAUCAUGAAUUUGGAAGUUCCUAUGUUAAAUUCCAGCAUAAACUAUUUUUUUAGACACUACAUUUCUGUGAAAUCUACACUCCAUAUUACAAGGACUUGAAAAUCUGUUUAUGUAAGUUGCACUGGGGAGCUGUGGCAUUGCAGGAACUAAGAGAUUGCAACAGGCUAUUGAACUGUGUGAUAAAUCAACAAACCAUUACAAAGGUCCCUUAGACACAGAAGUAAGAACCAGAGAUUUGUUUUCAUUAAUGUACUGUUCAUUGUGUUUGCAAAGGCAUCUGAAUAUCCCAUUGCAUUAGUGUUGAAAUGAUGCUGGUAAUUUUAGCAAUGUAAGAAUUGCAGUUUAAUUACACACUUUUAUUACUGAUAGUAACCAGCGUGAGAUACUUGGCAUGAACUUUUAAGAAACUCUAGAAUGACCAAUUAAGCAAGUUUUAAAAUAAGUUUAUUGUUUUAACUGCAGUGAUGGGAAAGAACAGCUGGGAACAGCAAGGUAAACUUUAUGUAUUAUGAAAAUGAUCUGUUGUUGACAGAGACUGUUAACAGUGAUAUUCCCAUCUGCCACAUCAACCACUUUUUGUCUGCUGCUUGUGGACAAAGUACUUGAAAAAUUGCUGCAGGCAAGGAAUAAAGAAUUCAUGA